AUGAACCCGAUUUGUAAGGAGGACAUCAAUAGCUAUGAGUGUCAGAAGUGGAUGGCGGAAGUAGUCGCACGUUGCCGAGAUUUGUUUGCCAAUGAACCAGCUGAUGCAUGGCCCGCUUGGUGGCAUGAUCCCAGGCCCGCACGCUUUAAGUCGGAUAUCAGACUAAUGACUGCGUACGAUUGCCACAAGCUGAAGUCGGCACUUGAGGCUGAAGUGGCUGCCUUAGUGCCGGUGCGUAUACCCUUGAUAGAGAGCUCUAAGGGCGUUCCCUUUCGAUGGUGGCAGAAGGUACUGCUUAUACUUAUAUACGUUGGCAUUAUUUUGGGACUCUUGCUAUUCAUUCGUUGGUGUGAAGCGAAGAGAGUUCCCCAAUGGGUGGAGCUUGUCAAAGAUGAAGGCCAUCCGCCAGAGACAGCCUCAGUUCCAAGUAAGGACUCGAAGACUUCAGAGCACCGUAAGCACAUGAACAAAAAGUCGUGGAUGCGGCACAAGUGUCGCCGGGUUUUUGUUCAUAGCGAGACAGAGUUGCAGCAACAGCGUCGCAGGAAUGAGGAACGUGAGCGCGUUCGUGAGGCCCGCACGCAGCGCAAAGUCAUGAAGUGGACACAUCCCAGUGACAUACCUCAGGAGACUCCUGAGCAGACACACUCUGACCGGGAUGGUGCACAGACCAAUGCUAGAUGA